UUCUCCGUCUUCUUCUCCCCGUCAUUCAUCCAUCCAUUCCUUUCUUUCUUUCCUCUGUUUAUUACUCGCUUCACUCAAUACACUCCUUCAUUCAAAAUGCCCAUCCCCAUCCUUACCCAAGGCAUAACUGAGGGCUUCUCCUCCAUCCCCUACCUAUGGACAAUCCUCAAAGUCGUCCCCUGGGCAAUACUCCUCGCGGCCCUGAAGUAUUAUUUCGGGGGUGCUCGUAACACCUCCGAGCGAGUGAUGCAUUCCAAAGUCGUGAUGGUUACUGGCGGCACAUCCGGCAUCGGCGCCAGCGUCGUGCACUCCCUCGCCUCGCGCGGCGCCCAAAUCAUCCUUCUCACCCAACACUCCCCCUCCGACAUCUUCCUAGUCGAAUACAUCGACGACCUACGCCAAAAAACCAACAACCAGAUGAUCUACGCCGAACAAGUAGAUCUCUCCUCGUUACACAGCAUCCGAACCUUCGCCACGAAAUGGAUCGAUAAUGUGCCUCCCCGCCGCCUCGACAUGAUAAUCCUCUGCGGAAACACCAACCCCCCGGUAUCCCGGAAACAACAAUUAACGGUGGACGGCCUGGACGAGGAAUGGAUGGUGAAUUAUCUGGGGAAUUUCCAUCUGUUGAGUAUUUUGUCCCCCGCGUUGAGGGUCCAGCCGGCGCAUAGGGAUGUGAGGGUGAUUUUUGCGACGUGUUCGAGUUAUAUUGGGGCGAGGUUUGAUUUGAGGCUCUUGCAGAGGGAAAAGCCGAAGAAGGUCAAGAAGGGGGUUAGUUUGUAUGGGUUGAGUAAGUUGUCGUUGAUGGUGUUUGCGCAAUCGUUUCAGAAACAUCUCAAUGCGUUCAAGAGACCGGAUGGACAGCCGCCCAGUGCGAGGGUGAUUAUGGUGGAUCCUGGGUUUAGUCGCACGCCGGGAAAUCGGCGGUGGAUGACUGGGGGUUCGCUGUGGGGGUUGCUGGUCUAUUUGAUUACUUGGCCGUUGUGGUGGUUGGUGCUCAAGUCGCCCGAGCAAGGUGCGCAGAGUAUCUUAUAUGCGGCUAUGGAGGCGCGGUUUGGUCAAGGGGAGGGCGGCUGGUUGAUCAAGGAGUGCAAGGAGGUCGAUGUGGCUCGGAGGGAGGUCAAGGAUGAAGAGGCCGGUAAGCUGCUGUGGCAGUUCAGUGAGAAGCUGAUUGAAGUCAAGGAGAAGGAGUCGGCCGUGCGCCGCGCCCUCGAGGCCAAGGAAAAGGAACAGGCCGAGAAACAGGGCCAGCCCAAGGCAUCCGCCAAAGAACCCACGCCCGGGUCGCGGAGAAGCCGCAAGGGCAAAUAGAUUGUACAGCAUCAGUCAUGGAAAAAAAGGUAUAUCUAAGCAAGACAUCAUUCACUAGCUUUAUGCUCUAGAUACAGACGGCUCGCAAGAGCAAUGAUCAUACAAGGAAAUUCGUCUCAUC